GUUUCCCCUUCGGGAACAGGGGGCGGAGGAGAGCAGCGCGAGGGCGGCCCAGGCCUGGGGCAUAAAGGAAGUAAAAGGACGGCGGGCCUGGCCGGCUCGCGAGGGGAGGAGGAGGAGGGGGCGCGCGAGAAAAGGGAAAAUACGCCGCUCCAGUAGCCGAGCCCUGACCCGCCGCCACAGCGCCCCCUGGCGCCCCUGCUGGGCCCAGGCACCUCGCGGGCUCAGCACGUGCAAGCUCCGGAGAAGCCGCGGGCCCGGCUCGGGGGCGCCAUUGUGCUCCCCAUCUGCUUCCCGCCACCUUUACCCUCGCGGACCCCGUGCGGCUGCUGCUGCUGCCGACGCGCUCCUUCGGCGGCUCCCGCGCCUUUUUACCAACAGGUAGUUCUGCGAGAAAGGACCCGGGCUCUCGUGUGCGCAUUGUGGGCCGGGGGAGGGGAAACACGCGACGGGGAAAGUGAGCCUUGGUUUUGUUUUCUCUGGGUGCUCAAGGUUGCUUUGUUUGCGCUCUCUCUGCGGUAGCGGGCCUGUGGAGGAGUUUGGGGCGUAGAUUUUGAUUUCAUUUUAUUUCCCGCCCUCCCAAGAGUAAAGUUUCCCUUUGUCUAAGGGGGUAACUUUCGACUCACUGCAUCUUUCUGGGUACUUUGAGAAAUGGAACAUGCACAUGUCCAAGACAGGGAAUUUGCUUCAUUGUGCUAUCGAAGACACAGAUGUGCUGAUCCUCAGAGAUACACUUUAUAAAAAGACCAGAGGAGAAAACUAUAGCUUACAGACUUCCAACUGCUUUAAAAAAGCUUCAGCUUAAUUCAAAUGGUAAGGUGUAAAUAAUUUCAUAUCCUCACUUUGAGCAGGAAGUUGAAAGUGACUUUUUUAGCCUUCCACUUUACUUACAUGUAAUGCUGGCCAUAGUUCUAAUCUUGGUAACUGAAUUAUUCUUCAUGAUCGUUUAGUAAUUUAGAGGGUGGUAGAUGAAAAACGAACAGAAGUAGGCCUCACCUGGUGCAGAUUUGUUACCACUGUUAUUGAAAAACCUGCUAAUACUGGAUAUUAAUGGAACUUUUUUUCUUUUUUUGCCAGGUGAAGCUUUCGAAAUGAGAACAUCUUCAUGCCAGAGUAAUGUCAAAGUGCUUACAGUGCAGGUAGUGAUAUGUAGAACCUACUGCAGUGAAGGCACUUGUAGCAUUAUGCUGGCAACUGCAGCAAAGAUUUUGGAAAGUUGCUCUGUAAUGGCCGCCACAUGGUGACUGCUUUUUGUUCUAAGGUGCAUCUAGUGCAGAUAGUGAAGUAGAUUAGCAUCUACUGCCCUAAGUGCUCCUUCUGGCAUAAGAAGUUGUAUUUUCACCUAGUCAUUCACACUGAAUAAAAAAUCUAGUAAUGUUUUGCAGUCCUCUGUUAGUUUUGCAUAGUUGCACUACAAGAAGAAUGUAGUUGUGCAAAUCUAUGCAAAACUGAUUGUGGCCUGUUAUUGUCUACAUAUCAACAUUUUAAUGAAUUCACUUUUAAGUUAACAUAGGUCUCCAGAAGAGCAGUCAAAACAGCUUCUGUAGCGCUAAAGUGCUUAUAGUGCAGGUAGUGAUUCAUAAUCUACUGCAUUAGGAGCACUUGAAGUUCUACUAGCUGUAGAACCUCAGUUUCACCCAGAUUUUUCCUGUGUUCUGCUUUUCUAUGUGUCUGUUGAACACUGUACUCUGGUUAGUUUUGCAGGUUUGCAUCCAGCUGUAUGAUACUCUGCUGUGCAAAUCCAUGCAAAACUGACUGUGGCAGUGAAAAAUCAAUGAAUAAGCGAUAGGUUGUACCCCUUUCUACACAGGUUGGGAUAAGUUGCAAUGCUGUGUGUGUCAGUGGUAUUGCACUUGUCCCGGCCUGUUGAGGUUGGUGGGGCUAGAGCCUGGAACAACUUUCCUUCUCAGCUGAUGGUCCUGGAGCAACAGAGAACAGUUAGCAAUGGAAUAGUUUCCCAUUGCUUGCUGCGUUUGAGUGGAGUAACAUGGUUGUACUGUUCCAUGUUUUUGGUAUACCAAUUACUGUUUUCAAAAUUCUUCUUGUAAAAUCAGUAAAGUUUUGCCACACAAAGCAACUGCAUAACCUGUAAAUGAUAGUGUUAAAUAAAUCACCAACUUUGUACUUGAAAAUCAAAACAGGUGUUUUUUUAUUUGUUACUGAAAUUUAAUUGAGGUAUUAUCUACCAUAGAUAUUGUGCCACAGCAGCUGAAACAAUCAGACAUUUUCCAGUCCAGUUUUUCAAAGCACCCACAAAAACACAUUACAUGUGAGCAGUGGCACAUGCUUGGCAGCCUUCCUAUGUCAAGAGUGAGGAGAGAAUGUCAGGAUGGGGGUAUGAAAUAUCCUCUCGUUCUUUGAUAUGGCUGUUAGAAGCCACUGCCUCAGCACAUGGGUUCAUAAGAUUUAGUUAAUAAUUACAUGCUGUGUGAUAUUUGCAUGGAUAUAAUUAAAUUCCAUAAUUGAUGCAUUCCAUAAUAUAUGCAGAAAAGUGUUUUAACUUUUGGUUACAAGCUUCAUGAAAAAUUAAUAACUUGCAAAUACUGGUCAUCCUUUAUAUCUUUUGUUAUAUCUGAUGCUGUAUUGUCCUAAACUGUCAGAGGCCUUUACUUUUGUGGAACUUGGUAAAUUUAACUCAAAACCAUAGUUACCAUCAGCCAAAAUUUAAAUUGCUGAAGUGGCAAUUUAGACUAUGUAGAGUACCUCAAAUAAUAAAAUUUACCAGGUAUGUAAGCUUAAUUUAAUAACUACACUAAAAGAUGAAGCCGUGUCCAAAGUAGUUUUAAAUGCUACAAUGAAUUUUUAAUUUUAAUUAAGGCUUUCUUGAUUACUAAAAGUACAUUUUCCUUUGCAAUUAAAAACACUGAAAUAAGGUAUGCUUAGAUGUGUAUUAGGCUACUGUGAGUGCAAACUUACGCACAAAAAACUGCCAUAAAGCGAGCUUGUGUAAAGCUGCUUCUUACAUCAGAUCAAAACCCUGCUCGGCAGUGGGGUUCCUUGCUGCAGUUCCACCUAAACCUUGCAGAAGGAAAACAAGCUUUUAGAUUUUAGCAUAGUAUUUAAUGCUGAGUUGCAGUGUCACGUUAACAGAGUUGGAACAAACCUAGGAUCCAGCCUUUCCCCUGGAAUGUCCCCUUUUAGGUGCUUACAUUAGCCUCUGCUGUGGCUGAUCAAGCAAGUUACACCCAUGUAUCUUUCACUAAUCCAGGGUUGGAGACUUGAUGCUAGUUGAGCCAGAAGCAUUCCAGCUCAACUUAAAAUCCACUUCUUCCUAAAACUUCCCACCAAUUCUUGGAUCAGGAUUGCCCCCCUGAUCUUUUAAUGCAACACACGAUUUUUCCGUAAUUAUUUAGGAUUGGAUUGCUUCUCACAAUUUUCUAGCCAUGCGGAAUGUUCAUGUAUUGACUGCAAGUUAUUGGAUAGGUUUGGGAGCAUUACUAAAACAGUCCAACUAUAAUUUGACCUUGCUGCUAAUAUUCAAAUUUAUAUUACGCAUCCUUAACUGCAUCUUGACUUCAGGUCAUUUGUGGUUUGGAGCUUUGCUGCAAGAUAAGCAUUCAAGGCAAAAUCGCAGGAUGUGUGGCAAAGGUACAGAGUGUUAAUUGGGAUGCUGGAUAAGUGUUGUGAUGUGAAUAAAUGGCUUUGUAUGAAAUCAUAAAUCAGUUGAGUAUCCUUACUAGUUUAAGGAUUAAUAAAUGGCAGCAUACUUGGAAAGUAGUUCACUAGUUAUUUAGUUGGUAAACAUAAGGACGAAAAAGGUGCUUUUCUUUGCUGUUCAAUCUGUAGGGGCAAGUGAAGCAGAUGCAGUGGUAGUUAACCUGACACUGGAUUAAGGGUAUUCUCUAAUACAGAAUACAUAAAGUAAUUCCUUCUCAGUAUGAAAAUAUGAACUACUAUCACCUCUUGCUGUACAUAACAUACGUCGGCAAAGUAUCUUUGUUGAAUUUAAUUGAAACAACUACAUUUGUUAAAGUUAUAACAUUCUAAUAGCUAUUAUGCUAUUUAAAUUGAGGGGAAAUAAACUUUCCUUUAAUAGAAAAUAUGUGAUUGCAUGCUUAAGUUACAGAAGAUUUAAAAGUAAACAUUUUAUGUUUUUUUUACCUAUUGGGUUUAUGUAUGAGCAGUCCUAGAUUUCUAGCUUAAGGCAGCACUGUACUCUGGUAACUCAUUGUACUGUAUUUACUUACUGUUCUGGCAAAAAACAGGAGUUGAGAAAGUGGCAUUGCAACAGUAUGACACUGCUUUGUCCCUUACUGUCCGCAUGUCUGUUAGAUUAUCUUGGCAAUGCUAUGACCAGUGAAACUCUACAGUGGUUCCUUGGUUUAUGAACUUAAUCCGUUCCGGAAGACGGUUCUUAAACCAAGGCAUGCAUUCCCAUAGCAGCGGGCUACUCAAUUUACAAAUGGAACACAAGAGGAAGAACAUGUUCAGCUUCCAAGGCAAAGUUCACAAACCAAAACACAUACUUAUGGGUUUGCAGUCUUCUUAAUCCAAGUUGUUCAUAAACUAAGCUGUUCUUAAACCUAGGUACCAGUGUACUUUUAACUGCUAGCAUGUCCCCCUGAAAAAGUCAAAGGGAAGUUGCUAGUUAGUAAGAUGUUGAUUCUAAAUCAAAAGAAAGAAAAAAACUUCAACAAGUGGGCAUUUAACUGGUUGCUACAAGUAACCAACCAGGCACUCUAGUUGCAGAUAAAUAGCUUUCAUGCUACUUUCAGUCAGGCAAAGGAACUGGAAGUUCACUUUAUUGACAGCUAAAUGUCUCAAUAAAAAUUCAGAAUUAAGGGCUAUAUUUACUAACAAAAUAAUGCUUAUUCAAUAGAAACUUAAAAUAUAUAUGUCUCUGCGCUGAAUUCCCUCCUUAUUUGUGUUGUGUAAAAAAAAAAGCAUUCAUAAUGUCAUAUAUGAUCGUAAUGGGUUCAGUUUAAGGGAUUUGUAGGCAGGUAUUUUUAAACUACACAGUUGUGUUACAUUAAGACAAUUGGUUCACCUAAUCCAGUACUUUUUACUCCAUUGUAGCAGCUCUCUAGUCUCAGGCAGAGAAUUAUACUCCAGAUCUGCUAAGAUGCUUCUUAAACGAGAGAUACUGGGAAUUAAAUCUGGACCCUCAUGCACGUAAAACUUGUGCUCAGGCUGUGGUCAAAGUCAGCAUCUGGUAUGCCAGCCAUGCCAUUUUGCUGUUGGACAUGUUACUAAAGAAAAGACAAAUUUCCAAAUGGUUCUGUUGCCAUCAAAUCAUUGCUACAAUUUAUUCAGUAGUUAAUAAAGGUUUUUACUGAAGAAAAAACAUUUAAUAAAAUGGUUAAAUUUAUACCUAGCUAUAAGUGUUUUGACACCGCAUCAGUAUCCAGCAUCCUAAGAAGAUUGUGCUGUGCUUUAAACCAAACACUCAAACUAUUCUUUUAUAGUACACCAGUUAAGUGAGAUACAGGUAUAGGGUUGGGGGAAAAGCAAUUUUCUGAUGGUCAGUGGGAACCUGCUGGAUGGGGAAAGCGGGAAUCCUCUGCACAAUUUUAGGGAGGCUAUCUGGGAUGGAAUGUGAGCUUGGGGCUCCAACCAUUGGGUAUAAAUGGCAAAUACCUAGGUAAAUUUAAACUAGCUGAAAUCACGGCAAUUGCUUUGGUUCCUUCUGUUCAAGCUACAGCUUUGCUUCAGUUGUGGCAACUUGGGUUGAAUGCUUGCAAAUCUUACGUUAAAUAUGAAAGACUUAUUUAAGAAAGAUUUGCCAAUGUAGCUGAAUAUAGUGCAGGCUUAAUGUACAUUGAACAGCUCAGGCCUAUUGUGAUCGUAAAGGUAAAGGGACCCCUGACCAUUAGGUCCAGUCGUGACCGACUCUGGGGUUGCGCGCUCAUCUCGCAUUAUUGGCCGAGGGAGCCGGCGUAUAGCUUCCAGGUCAUGUGGCCAGCAUGACAAAGCCGCUUCUGGCAAACCAGAGCAGCACAUGGAAACGCCGUUUACCUUCCCGCUGUAGCGGUUCCUAUUUACUUGCAUUUUGACGUGCUUUCGAACUGCUAGGUUGGCAGGAGCUGGGACCAAGCAACGGGAGCUCACCCCGUCACAGGGAUUCGAACCGCCGACCUUCCGAUCGGCAAGCCCUAGGCUCAGUGGUUUAACCACAGCGCCACCAGAUUGUAGCAAAACUAAAGCACACAUCUCUUAGUAAGGAAGCUAUAGGUUAAAAGUAAAUCAACUAAUCAAACAUGUUAGAAAUAAACUACUUGCAUAAUACAUCAAAACAACAAUGGUAGGUAAUAUAUAAUUGGUUGUACCCGCACUUUACAAUGCAAAAAUCUAGUGGCAUACAGUGGAGAAAAACAAGGCAAUUACUGCUGAUUUGCCUCUGCAAACUUAUUCCUGCAUUGUUCUGGAGGGUGCCGGAUCCUUCCCAGAGCAGAUUUUGAUGCACUGAGGAAGUGGCAAAAACUGAUCCUUCGAGAAAUUUAGCGUUAACUGACUUCACCUAGCAAAUUAUAAUCCAGCCAAUUAUGUAUGCCAUGGCCUAACAGGAGGCAGGUGCCUUCUGGUGAGCAGUCAAGUGUGGUAAAUGUAUGCUGCUACUACUAAUAAAUGAAUAGGGGGGAAAAACUCAAUAAAUGCCAAAAAAAUUAAAAUAUUUUAAAAUUACAUAAUGAAAUGCAUGCCCACUUUGUAUAUCUAGGUGGGUUUCAGAUUUUUUUUAAAGCAGGUAGCAAAAAUUCUUAAUAGGCAAGGAAUUCCAGACUAGGUGCUGUCAAACUCAUUUCCUUACAAAAGCAAUACAGAAAUGUGGCACUUGAAAAACACUUAGUUCUGCAGAUUCAAGUGUUCAAGUGGAUCAUUUGGGUAAGGAAAGGCCCUUUUAGUAUCACCUACUGAAACAGUGGAAUCACAUUUCAGUUGCAGUCUUUAAUAAAGCUUGUAUCUUCCACACUGAAUCUUGCCAGGUAAACUGUUCUCAAGCUGUUAAGGGCUUUAUUAAUACCUUGAAUUUGGCCCAGUGACAAACUGGCAGGCAGUGCACAUCUCUGAGCAGGGAUGUUAAGAUGCUUGGCAGUCUUACUCUUGUCAGCAAUCAUGCUGCAGCAUUCUACACUUAACUAGUAGAGUGCACCUCAGUAAUCCGAUCUUGCAAUUACCAUUGCCUGGGCUACUAUGAUCGAGUUCUCCCAGUCCAGAAAUGGCUAGAGCUGUUGUACCAGCCAAAGCUGAUAAAAGGCUGUUGUACCAGCCAAAGCUGAUAAAAGGCGCUCAUAAAAAGGCACUAGCUGACCUAGUCUUCCAGUUGCAAAAUGAUACAGGAAUGCCCCACCACAGUCUAUAAGCCUGCUCCUUUAGGGGAAUUUUAAUCUCCAUGGCCGGCUAUUUGCCAAAAUGCCAGACAUGGAAACCUAUAACGCCUGUCUUCCAAGGACUUUAGUUCAGCUUAUUUCCCUCAUCCAUCUCUCCAUAACAUUCAAGGGUUUCUCCUGAUUCAGAUGUUGUGGGGAAGUAGAGCUGAGAAUGCUGUUGACACCCUGCCCUAAAUCUAAUGAAUGCUGGUAGCAGCAGCAUGUAAAAAACCAUUAGGGAUAAAAUUGUGCCUUGCAACACUCCAUAGUAUAACUGCCUGGAGCUGAAGGGCAUAUUGCAAAUACUAUUCUCUGAAAUGGGGCACAUAGAUUUUGCAGAUCAGUCUGUUAACACUCUCAGAGGGAAUCUGUGCUCCUAAGACUUGCUAUACUGUACAAGCAUACAAGAGUUUACAACAAAGCAUUCCAAAUUCAAUUAUUCCUCUUAAAUAAGAAUUAUGUGCCAAUAUGCCGUUGAAUGUGUGGAGCUAGUGAUUUUUUUUGAAUAGUGCCACAUUCCUAAAUGGUCUAAUUACAUAAAGCCUAAUUGUGAGAAUAUACAUAAAAACAAGGAUGAUCGCUUUUAGUUUAGAUUCCAACCUGUAGUUCUUAACCACAAAAUCAAAACUUACCUUGUUGGGGUGUGGAGAGAGAAGAGAAAGUGCAGCUGAAAAAUCAUCUCGUGCAAGAGCUAUAACGAAAAAAGACACUCUUAAGUCAUCUUCCUUGCAAGGGAAGCUGGUUGGGAAAUGUGCCCUUCUCAAAGGAAUUAAUCAGAUAUUGCUGCCCCCCCCCAUUUUGCGUAAUUGCUCCAAAGCCAGAAGGUCUUUAAGAGCUUCAGAUAAUAAUUAUCUGAGAAUAGGGAUGUACCAUUAGCAAGCAUUCUAGUCCUAGUCCGACCCUGCAAGCCAAAUCAGUAUGUUCUACCUCAGUUCAGUGACUAAGCAGAAUAAUCGUCAACCUUAGGCUUCUGAUAUAAAGCAAUUUUAUUAAAGUCUUUACAUAUGUAAACAGUAGACUAUUUAAAAAGGACAUGCAAUAUUGUCAGUCUAGUUUUGAUAAAGAUGCUGAAAUUGGUUUCAUUAACCAUAAGCAAACAAUGGAGGUGGUCCAUGGGGCCAAAUAGGGUGCUGCCCCACUAUCACCAGUUUUUCCUCAGCCAGCUCCCACCUGAUUGCCUCCUUAAGUUUGGGCAUGGCAUUGGCAUUCAGUUUCCUACUCCUCGGUGUCAGUUAUGUCUUCCUAGAUCUCAGGAGGAAGGAGGAGGGGGCAAAAAACUACCAUCACUUGGCUCUGUCCAGUCAUUGGUUCUAGUGCCACCUACUGUUGGGCUCCCUGCCUUCUGCCCUACCAGUCCCAAUGCACACCAGCUUCCACGAAAAGCAAAGCCUCCUUCAUGCUAAUGUAAACCAGAGAGGACAAAACCUGAAGAAAGUGGUGAAAUCUGAAUCCUUCCUAGCCAUUGGGUAGCAGUUCUAAGUCUAAAAUAAGAAAUUUGAACUCUCUCUAGCUACAAAAGCGAAGGCUGCUAAAGAAGUCGGAGACCAUUUGGCUGUGAGUUCUGGAAUACCUGUUCCCUGCUUUGCUGACUUUCUCCCACCCAACCUGAAAGGGUGGGUCCCUGAGUGACUCCGGCUGCAAAAGCUGACACUGCUGAAAAACAUGUGGGCUGGGGUUUUUAGGGGUUUUUGCUGGGAAUUUUUUUGUUGCUGUUAUUGAUAUUGUAUCUUUAUUUUUGGAUCUUAUAAUGAUUUAUGUGCAAAUAGAUCAAUUUUAGUGGGGACUUUUUGAUGUGUUUUAUUUAUCGCUUAUGAUCUUUUCAGUGUUGUAAGCCACCUUGACCAUGAUUUGAACUAUGGAAAGGCGGCUUACAGAUGAAGUGAUGAUGUGAUUCAGUCUUACUAUAGUGCCCACACAGAAGCCACCUCUGUAGUAAACUGGCAUAAGGCAGGGGUGAAACUAGGCUUUAUUUCACCCGGGUCAAAGACCCAGUUUGCACACACCCCAUGCGUAUUUGCAUACAUACACACACGGGUUGGGAGCCUCAAUGGCACCCCUCUAGAUGCUUCACCUGGGGCAAAAAGCUUGGCUAGCCCCCCAUGGUAGCUUUGGCUCUGGAUAAGGAUAGUGAGUAAUAGAAAAGGGCUCUCUUCCACUUCUUGAUCUAUUCUUCCAGCUACCGAUGUAAGCAACAAACAAACAAUCAUGGGUCUAGAGGCCCAGAUGUGUCAGAGACAACAGUGAACCAGGGCAAUAUAGGACAUCCUCUCUGGACACAGACCAAUCUCUCUGGAUUUGGGCCUGACCUGAAAGAUCAAGGAAAAGUGUGGGCACAUAGUGGGUAAGUUCUAAGAAAGCAGUUUGUGACAUUGUUGCUGAUCGCAAAGCACCUCUGUUAAGGCAUCAGCCUUAACGUCUAAAUGUUUGCUGUAUCUACUGCUAUUGAGUGGGAAAGCAGACUAGCUGUUGCAGAAUAUGAACAGCUGGUGGCUCCAGAGUUUCACAGGUGUUGCUUUUCUUUGCUAAACACGAUUAUUAUUCAGUCAGCGAUACAGAUUUAAUAUAACACUUCCACUUUGGCAUUAUAUCUGAAUUUGUCAGUCUAAGUAGUACGGAAAUGAAACUUGCACAGGAUUGAAAAUUAAUGAAUUUGCUGCAAGUACAGAUUUACUUAAAUUGAUUUGAAGGCUGCAAAAGCUGAAGGUCUAAAGAUUAAUUAUGAUGUGAAAUAUGACUUGGUGAAACUGCUUAUUUUCAUGGCAAUUUUGCAAAAUCUGUAUUUAAAUCUGGAUGUUAAAUUGAAAUAUAUUGUCAAGAUUUGUUUUAAGACAUGAGAACUGCUGCAUAUUUUGGCAUAAGUCUUGUGCAUAGGUCAUGUGUAUUCAUAAUAAUCCAAUGCAAGACAUACUUGGAUGUAAGGCUCGUAGGAUAAAAAAGAUUGGGAUAAAAGGUAGGUAUAGGCUUUUUCAGAUUAGGAAUUUAAAAGCAAGUGACUGUUCUAGAAAAGCCUCAUCAUUGAACAGUUACUUGCUGUCCUAUUACUAUUUCAGGGAGUGCCAUUCUAGAAAGACCCUGACUUACCUCCAAUGCUUCCUGAGUAAGGUCAUUCCAAAACACCCAUACAAAACAAUGCCUAUCCACACUACUGUAGGUAUUUUGGUUCAUAUACAGUACAAGAAAGUCUAGACUAAACCCUGGUGGUUUAGGGUCAGAGUUGCAGUUUUCUCCUAUCAUCCCAUUUGUGUUAAAUUUCCCCAAACACUGUGUAAUAGAAUGGCUUAGUUCUUGAACACACAGAAAUAUUUAGAGGCACAUAUCUUGAGAAAGCAUGAUAACAUAUUGAUACUGUAACUGUUAGAAUAGUCAAAGGGACUUCACCUUCCUAAAAGGCUGGCCUCUUGAUCUGGGCAUAUGUACCGUGUUUCUCAUAUUAUAAGACACGUCUUAUAUUUAUCUUUUCCUCAAAAAAACACACUAUGGCUUAUUUUCAAGGGAUGUCUUAUUUUUUUCCUCCUUCUCCUGCCAUGGCCGGUGUGACAAAUUGAAGCACUUUUAAAAUGUUUAUUUCUGCCCGGCUGGCAAAGAGUUAACCCACCUCCAGCCUGACUGGCAUAGAACUCUGAUGGGGGCGGGACUGUGCCCGGUUUUAAAAAAGGAGGGAGAGUCGGUUUGGUCAGUUAGGAGGGAGAGGGAGGAAGGUGUGGUGUGAUGUUAUGAGGUGGCUUGUAUGAAGACAGUUAAGAGGCUAGGAAAACUUUAGUUAAAUGUUUGACCGAGUUUAUUUUGUACAACCGGAACAAAGCUAAUUAAUAAAUGACACGUUAAAGAAACACUUAUGUUUGUAACACAAUAAAACUUCAUCUCUGUUUUUGCCAAAAAGAGGUCCGUCUUUAUUUUUUCCAGCGAGGUACUAGGACUCACAACCGUGGUGGCUCAAGAGAGGGCAAAACUCACCUCAGGCUGGGAGGUGGCGGUUUGUGUCCUUAAGUUACACGGAGGAGGCUUAGAAGGGUAACCUGAGGUGCCAAGGAGUUGCCAGAGUGCAUAGGGCAAACUUCUACAGUGGGGAAUCCAACUGAGGGAGACCCUUUACUGGAGGCAAGAGGUUAUUCCGUGGGACAGCCUAGAGUUCCUUAAGGUACCAGGUCACGCAGGCUGGAAGGCUCUCCUUACUUAGAAACCCAUUAGUAAAAGGGGUUUAUCUUUGAGGCGGCAGGACCAGAGGGUGGGUGUUUUCCCCUCUGUAUUCCUGUGUCGCAGUGAUAGUAAGGGAGAGUGGGACCAGGGUCGUCACAUUUUUGGUGGCAGCGUCGGGAUCGAAAUUCAAAGCUCACGCGCUUAGUUUGGUUUGAGUCUGUCAGGAUUUUCCUGUGAGGAAAAUGACUCACGUAAGAAAACCCAGAGAGGCAAAAGGAGAUGAAAGAACGGAAGGGGCUGAGGGAAGCCCAGAUUCUCAGGUAGAACUGAUGAAACUACGAAUUGAGAUGGCCCGAAUUGAAGCUGAGAGGGAAAAGAUAGCAUCUGAAAGUGAGAGGGAAAAAGCUAGAAUUGAAAGUGAGAGAGAAAAAGCUAGGAUUGAAGCUGAAAAUGAGAGGGAAAAAGUUAGAAUUGAAAGUGAGAGAGAAAAAGCUAGAAUUGAAGCUGAGGAGAGAAUGCAGUCCGAGAGGUUAAGGGUUCAAUUAGAACAGGACAGAAUGAAGCUUGAGGAGAUACGUUUGAGAUCAGAAUUAACUAGCAGUCCAGUUAAUAAUGAUAGUAUCGCAAUUAAUUUAAAAAGAUUCCCCAAAUUUGGAAAGGACGAUAAUGUCGAAUCGUUUCUGUUUACCUUCGAACGCGUUUGUGUGGAAUUUCAAAUACCUGAGGAGAACUGGAUGCUUUAUUUAAGACCUCAAAUUUGUGGGAUACUAAGUGAAAUUUAUGCUGACCUGAGGGAAGAAGAGCUGUCAAGUUACCAAGUAUUUAAGCAAAGGGUCAGGGUUCGAUGUGGACUCACGGCUGAACAAAGCAGAAAGGCUUUUCGUGAGGCAAAAAAGGAACAUAAAGAGACUUAUGCCCAACUAGCUAGCCGCUUAGAUAAAUUACUUGACAGAUGGAUUCAAGGGAGUGGAGUGAAGGACUUUGAUGAGUUAAAACAUUUAAUUUGUUUAGAACAAUUUUUUAAGCAAAUCCCUAGCAAUUUACGUUGGUUCUUGAGGGAUAAAAAACUGAAAACUGUGGCACAGGUUGCUGAGGUCUUAGACGAACUACAAGGAGAUUUCAAUGAAAUAGCAUUCCCAAAACACUCACAGAAGGGUAAUCCAUGGAGAAACAGAGAAAAUAAAGACAGGCAAGAAAAUUUUCCUGUCAGGGAAUCAGUUUCUGACAAGACAGGGUCUAAGAAAAUCACUUGUUUUUUCUGUAAUCGUGAGGGCCAUGUACGUGCCAGGUGCCCCCUGCUGGUUAAGUCGCAAACUACACCUACUGCAGCUAAACAAGUAAAACUGGUAAUGCAGUCACAGGAAAAUAGCUCGCCUCAGACAGAAGGUUCAGAGAAAGCAGACAGUCCAGCUGAGACUACUUCUAAGGUCUUGCAGGUCUGGAGGGCUGAGCAGGAGUGCAACCAAGAUUACAUGGAGCCAAUUGAAUUAAAUGGUCAGUCUUUUUUAGGUUUGAGGGACACAGGAGCAGAAGUCUCACUUGUUAAAUCACAAUUUGUUCCAAAGGAGCAGUACCUCAAGGGUCAGUCCUAUAGUUUAAAAGGCAUAUGGGGCCCACAUUUUGAAGUACCAUUAGCUGAAGUUGAUAUUACCUACAAAGGAUUUUGUGGCAAAUGGAGAGUAGGAAUCCUAAAUGAAUUGGAGGUACCCUUUUUAAUAGGGAAUGACCUAGCUAGUCAGAAGCACCGUAUUCAAGUGAUAACUAGGUCACAGUCUCAAGUCACUGAGAGUAAUCCUCCUGCAGUUAUAGAGUCACCCAUAGAGCCUGGUGAGGAUGAAGGGCUGAUUAGCGUGCCAGUGGUCCAGGAGCACGGUGCCCAAUUCUUGAGGGAUCAAAAAGAGGAUGAAACUAUAAGAGAGCUGUGGGGUAAAGCACAAAGUCCUACUGCCGAAGUAACUGUGGAGAACCCCUGCUUAUUUACCACCAUUGAGGGAAGACUGUAUAGAAUUUCUAGGAGGAGGAAAACUGCUGCUGUUUGGGAAAGGAAGAAACAGUUAGUGUUGCCAAGAACUUACCGGUUGCAAGUGCUACAAAUGGCACACGACGCACCCUCAGCAGCGCAUCUAGGCAUUAGAAAGACUAGUGAUAGAAUCCAAGCAAGAUUUUACUGGCCUGGGAUGGGCAAAGACAUCAAAGAGUAUUGCAAGUCCUGUGUGAUCUGCCAGAAAGCAGGCAAAAGAGCGGACAAAACGCGAGGCUUGUUACAGUCUAUUCCGGUAAUUACUGAGCCCUUUUCCAGAGUAGGAGUGGACAUCCUCGGGCCUAUCUCCAGAGUUACGAAAAGGGGGAAUAAAUUUAUUUUAUGCCUAGUGGAUUAUGCUACGCGCUAUCCAGAAGCAAUACCUCUAAAGGACAUUGACUCAAAGACUGUAGCAAAAGCCCUCAUGUCGGUGUUCUUAAGGCUGGGAUUCCCCAAAGAAAUUAUAACAGAUUUAGGGACAUCCUUCACGUCCAAGACCAUGGAAGAGCUUUUAACUCUUUGUGGGGUUAAGCAUGUUAAAACUACGGCUUAUCAUCCGCAGUCGAAUGGCUUGACGGAGAAAUUUAAUUCGACCCUGAGCCGGAUGCUAAAAACCUAUUCCAUCAAUCAUCCUAACGACUGGGAUGAGAGGCUGCAACACUUCCUAUUUGGUUAUCGCGAAGUGCCGCAGGAGAGCACAGGGUUCAGUCCUUUUGAACUCCUAUUUGGACGACAGCCACGAGGACCCCUAGACUUGAUGAAAGCAGCGUGGUCGGGGGAGGAGCAGAUCGACAGCCCUGAUGUUGUGACGUAUCUACGGGAGCUGCAGAGCAACCUUCAAGAGCUACGGGAGCAAGCUGCUCACAACUUGCAGCAGGCACAGCAUCGACAGAAGCAGUGGUAUGAUGCACACGCAAGAGACAGAACUUUCCAGCCCGGUGACAGUGUGCUCGUGUUAAGAACAAGACGUCGGAAGAAGUUGGAGAUGUCGUGGGACGGUCCCUUCAAAGUGGUCGAGAGGAUAUCAGCGGUGAACUAUUUGGUAGAGUUAGAUGGGGAAGGGAACCGAUGUAAAAACUUUCAUGUAAAUUUACUUAAGCCUUAUUUUGACAGAAAUAAGUUGGUGUUACAAGUAAAGGGGAAGAUGACACAAGGAAUUCAUUUAACUGGGUGGGGAGAGCUGAGUAAGGGCACAACUCUAGCAGAGGUGUCAUUCGAUGAAAGUCUGACCCCAGAGCAAAAGGAGCAGUUAAAAAUAGUCCUUGCUCAGUUUGCUCAAAUCUUCUCAAACAUCCCAGGGAGGACCAACCUAGCAACUCAUAAAAUAGACACAGGGUAAGCACAUAAGUGGGAAGGAAAACAUCAUAGCGGACGCUUUGUCUAGGUAUAUUUUUGAGAGGUAUAGAAUGGUGCAAAGUAUUAUAUGAAACGGUGAUAACCCUAGCAAAACAUUUGUGCUUAGGAGUUAUAAUCUAACACAUGCCAAACAUGGUUUAUUUGUGUACAAGUUUAUGAGAUGUUAAUUUAGUUGACUUUGUAAUAUGAAUGUUAUAGAAUGCCUUGAAGUAUUUUGGACCCCAAGCCCAUUGCUUUGGCAUUGCUCUAGUUAGUUAAGAGCAAGCCGACGCAAUGUCUUUGUGGUGGGGGAGAUAUGUGACAAAUUGAAGCACUUUUAAAAUGUUUAUUUCUGCCCGGCUGGCAAAGAGUUAACCCACCUCCAGCCUGACUGGCAUAGAACUCUGAUGGGGGCGGGACUGUGCCCGGUUUUAAAAAAGGAGGGAGAGUCGGUUUGGUCAGUUAGGAGGGAGAGGGAGGAAGGUGUGGUGUGGUGUUAUGAGGUGGCUUGUAUGAAGACAGUUAAGAGGCUAGGAAAACUUUAGUUAAAUGUUUGACCGAGUUUAUUUUGUACAACCGGAACAAAGCUAAUUAAUAAAUGACACGUUAAAGAAACACUUAUGUUUGUAACACAAUAAAACUUCAUCUCUGUUUUUGCCAAAAAGAGGUCCGUCUUUAUUUUUUCCAGCGAGGUACUAGGACUCACAACCGUGGUGGCUCAAGAGAGGGCAAAACUCACCUCAGGCUGGGAGGUGGCGGUUUGUGUCCUUAAGUUACACGGAGGAGGCUUAGAAGGGUAACCUGAGGUGCCAAGGAGUUGCCAGAGUGCAUAGGGCAAACUUCUACAGUGGGGAAUCCAACUGAGGGAGACCCUUUACUGGAGGCAAGAGGUUAUUCCGUGGGACAGCCUAGAGUUCCUUAAGGUACCAGGUCACGCAGGCUGGAAGGCUCUCCUUACUUAGAAACCCAUUAGUAAAAGGGGUUUAUCUUUGAGGCGGCAGGACCAGA